AUGGCACCUGCAGUCGAUGGUCACCUUGCUAUCCUCGCCGGCAUUCCUCUUUCCUUUGUCGCAGUCACGGUACUUAGCCGAUUCAUCAAGAAGCGACAGAAUAACCCCUCUCUUCCUCCUGGCCCAGUGCCGCUCCCAUUACUAGGGAACGUCUUAUCUAUCGACCCUCAGGAGCCUUGGCUGACUUAUACUAAAUGGGGUGCUACGUAUGGGGACUUGGUCUUCGUGCGAAAUAUAGGCGAGGAAAUGGUUGUGGUCAAUUCUCAGUACAUUGCAGAAGCCUUAUUGGACAAGCGUUCUCGAAUUUAUUCCGAUCGACCAUACCUAGCCACACUCAAGCCAUACGGCUUGUCGAUCAACUUUGCAUUCUUAGGUUAUGGUGAUGAAUGGCGUCUCUGCCGACGACUCUUCCACCAAACUUUCCGCCCUGAGUCUGCAGUAAAAUUUCGCUCAAUGCAGAUCAGACGGGCUCGUGAGAUGGUCAUCAACCUGAUCGAUGAUCCUCGACAUUACCAUGACCACUUCGCAACAUUUUCAUUAUCUGUUGUGAUGUCGGCUGUAUAUGGCUACGAUGCCAGUACUCGUGAUGAUCCUCUGGUGCGGACUGUGGUAAAGGCGCUGAAUCCGGGCACAGCCGUGUUGACGCCAGAGAGAGCAUUGAUGCUCAAGACCUUCCCCUUCUUACUAAAGUUACCUGACUGGUGCUGGGGAUCCUCGAUCAAGCGUAGUGCUCGAGCUUCGACUGAGCGCGUCAAUCAAAUGGCCGACAUGCCAUUUCAGUAUGUGCAGCAGCACAUGGCCGACAGCUCGUUCGUCGCUCAAUCUUCAAUGGUCGCAGAAAAUUUGCGACGGAUGGAAACACAAGAGGAGACAUCCAAACCUGCAUUGGAGAAUGCCUUGAAGAAAGCAGCUACUACUGCUAUUGGGGCUUCAUAUGACACGACUGAGGCAAUUUUGAUGGUUUUUGUUUUGGCCAUGGUAUUAUAUCCAGAGGUUCAAAAACGCGCACAAGCGGAAAUCGACUCAGUGAUUGACAGAGAUCGGCUGCCAACGUUCGAGGACAGAACAUCACUACCCUACAUUGAUGCAGUUGUGCGGGAAACUUUCCGAUGGCAACCCGUUGCACCCCUUGGUAUACCCCACGCUGCCUUGAGUGACGACGUAUACGAUGGCUAUUUCAUUCCAAAAGGCGCAAUCAUCACAUACAACACAUGGGGCAUUACUCGGGAUGAAAAGCGAUACCCCGACGCAUCUCGUUUUAUACCAGAGAGGUUCAUCGACGUUGGUGGUGCAUUGACAGAUGAUGACCCUGCACAGUAUGUUUUCGGAUUUGGCCGGCGUAUAUGUCCAGGGCGGUAUACCGCUGAUGCUUCUACGUGGUCUGUCAUUGUGACCAUGUUGGCCACUUUGGAUAUUUCUUCUGCCAAAGAUGAUCAAGGCAAAGUGAUCAGCUUCACUCCCACGUUCACCACAGGAGUGGCUCGCUGUCCUGUGGUCUUCCCCUGCAGUAUUUCGGCACGGUCUCACAUUCAUUCUGACCUUGUGGACGAUUGGCGAACUGCCGAGUUUUGA